UUAAAAAAAAAGGAUCCUUCAUGAACCAAACUUACAUAGCUUCGCUAAAGGAAAUUUCCCAAUUUACGCGCCACGCUUUACGUCCUCAAAUAUAAAUAACCGAAUUCCAUGUGCAACUCAAGCGAAAUAACGGCAUUAUGUGUAAAAUUGUGCACUCACACCCAAAUUUAACCAGCAGCGCAACACGGCGCGUAGGUUGUGCGAAAAGCAAAAGAAGGGCAAAUUGGUCGUAAAUAAAACGUGCCACAUUUUCGUAUUGACGCACAUCCACCAGUGUGCUCUAGAGUGGAUAGAGGAGGCAGGCGGAAGAGGUGAUUUUCGCAUAGCUAGCUACGCAAAUUGCUGUCGAAGAUUAAAAGGCAAUCAUGCUGAUGGAUUAUCUACGUCGCUUCGGUUUGCUGUUCAGCACGCAUUUGUUGCUGCUGAUGUUGUUGGAAACGAAAACAAUUUGCGGCGAUGUGCCGCCUCACUACUGGGAAACACCCUACUCUCAGCCGUACUUUGACAAUUCUUCGAGGCGAGAGGUAACGGCGACAGUGGGACAGGCAGCAUUACUUCACUGUCGAGUGCGGAAUUUGGGCGAUAGAGCGGUAUCCUGGAUACGCAAACGUGACUUACAUAUACUCACCGUCGGCAUACUCACCUACACAAAUGAUCAACGAUUUCAAUCGCUACACACCGAAGGCUCGGACGAGUGGACAUUGAGGAUAUCAUCGCCACAGCCCAGAGAUUCCGGCACAUACGAAUGUCAAGUGUCCACAGAGCCGAAGAUAAGUCAAGGCUUUCGACUGAAUGUAGUUGUUUCUCGCGCAAAAAUUCUUGGCAAUUCGGAACUUUUCAUCAAAAGCGGCAGCGACAUAAAUCUCACCUGUCUUGCCAUGCAAUCGCCCAUACCGCCCUCCUUUAUUUAUUGGUAUAAGGGUAAACGUGUGAUGAAUUAUUCACAACGAGGCGGCAUCAAUGUCAUAACGGAACGUUCGACGCGCACCAGUAAAUUAUUGAUAGCGAAGGCAACGCCAGCCGAUUCGGGGAAUUAUACAUGUUCGCCGAGCAGUUCAGACUCUGCUUCGGUGGUGGUGCACGUCAUCAAUGGUGAACAUCCGGCUGCCAUGCAACAUGGCAACAGCAGCGCCAAUCGCCUUUCCAGCACGCUGCACGGCAUGCUCUAUCGAAUAGCCCAACGCACGCUCACCACACUGGCCGCAAGCGUCACCACAGCGACAACAACAGCGGCAGUGGCACGCUCAAGUGAACAGCUUCUGCCGCCGGCCACCAAUGAGCUGGAGCCACACACAGCGUGGCCCUUGGUGCUUCUACGACGCCUACUCGACCGAGUGCUGUUCGCCGCGGCUACAACAAAUUGGUGCAUCGUGGCGAUGGGCUGGCUGCUCUCCCAAUGGGCACUGCAAUGCGGUCAAUGGCAGCAUCAACAACAGCAGCGACAUCGAUUGCGACAGCCACUAGAGGACUUUUGUUGGUGUUGGUGGCAUUGGCGGCGAUGGAGUGGUGGCACUUCGUUACCCAGGUGAUUGCGAAAUUGAACACAAGUGAGGGAGAGGGCGGAAUGAGAACGCAAACAAUGACAUAGAAAACAUGGAAUGACUGCGAUUUUACACAUAGAGUAAUUGUAGUUGUAAUUGUAAUUGUACAUAUAUACAUAAAUAUUUGUUCCUCCUUAUUUCGUAAAACAACACAGACUCUCUGCAAAGCAAACAUACACACAUAUAGUUGUAUGAAAGGGACAUGCCACAACUGACAAAAAGUGCAACAAUACAGCAACACAAUACAUACACAUAAGUAUAAGUGAACGAACAUAGUCAUGCAUACAUUAGACUGUAUCACCGAUA